AUGUCGAUCCUCCUUUUAGAUAUUGAAGGUACAGUAUGUCCCAUCACUUUUGUUAAGGACGAACUUUUUCCCUACUUUCUUGGGCUGUACAAGACGUACUUGGAACCAUUGGAUUUUCCCUUACUUAAGAACCAGAAUAGCCUCUCCGAGGUGCUUCUGGGAUUCCCCACUGAAGUCCUCCAAACGAAGGAACUUUUGGAAGCUCAUAUCGACAAUCUUGUGAAAAAUGACAUCAAAGAUCCUACGCUCAAGGCAUUCCAGGGUACUGUAUGGAAACUGGGGUAUGAUAAAGGUGACUUGAAGGCCCCACUCUAUGAAGAUGCCAUUGAAUUGCUUAACAGCCGUAAGAAAAUCUAUAUCUACUCGUCAGGAAGUGUUCCUGCUCAGAAAUUGCUUUUCAGCCAUGUCAAUGUCAACGGAAAACUGGAGGACUUGACUCCAAAGUUGCUGGGAUACUUUGACAUCACUACAUCUGGCUUCAAGCAGGAAAAGAACUCUUACAUCAACAUUGCAAAAGACAUCGGGUGUCAGCCAAACGACAUUAUAUUCUACUCGGACAACGUCCAGGAGGUCAGUGCCGCAUUGGAGGCGGGAAUGGAUGCGGUCGUCGUUGUUCGGCCAGGAAACGUUGCCCUCACUGAUCACGACAGAGCCACUUACCAGUGCAUCGACCACUUCUAG